AUGAUGUGUACUCGACCGGACAUAUGCUAUACAGUUGGCUUAGUGAGUAGAUUCCAAUCUAACCCCGGACUGGCUCACUGGAAAGCAGUCAAAAGGAUUAUGCGAUAUCUCAAGGGAACUGCAGACUAUGUGCUGUACUAUCAAGGUUUAGAUUUGCAGCUAAAAGGUUACAGCGAUGCCGACUGGGGCAGUGACCUAGAUGAGCGUAAAUCAACCACUGGGUAUGUCUUUCUGCUCAAUAAUGGCGCCAUUACAUGGAGCAGCAAGAAACAACCUUGUAUAGCUUUAUCCACCAUGGAGGCAGAAUACAUAGCUUGUUCUGUAGCAGUUCAAGAAACUGUUUGGUUACGAAGAUUCCUCAAGCAUUUAGACAUUGGCACGAAUUAUUCGGAUCCGGGCACUGACCAAGUUAGCAUCGGGGAUGGAUCAUCUCUCCCCAUUCAACACACUGAAACUGCUCAACUCCAUACUGCAAAUGACAAUUUCCUUCUUCGCAAACUUUUGCAUGUCCCUUUGAUUACUCGACCUCCAUACUCAGGCGGUACUGCUCCAGGGAUGGCCUUUAUGUUUUGCCCACAAAAGCUGAGCCCUCUACUUCCACCACCACCUCUCCUUCUUCCGCUGCAUUUCUUGGUGAACAAACAUCCUCUUCCACUUGGCACUCAGGCUCAGGCACCCAUCUAG